AUGGAAAAGGCACCUCCGAAUCUUCUUAAGGUAGCCAAAUACCUAAGAUCUACUCUAAAAACUCGCCAAGGCAUUUUGAACGGCAAGAGAGUAGAAUAUUUUAAAGGUAAAACGGCUAUAAAAGCUCUACUUAAAGGAUCUUAUAGCAAAAUAAAGGGUACGCCAAAGGUUACUAACGAAACCGAGGCUUUUGAGGUUCUAGAAGAAAUUUUGGGCUAUUCUUUUUACGCACGGGUUGAGCGUUCUGGAGGAACCGAAGGCUCUCGCAACAAAAAUUUAACUAUAACCAAUGUUCAAUUAUGGGCCGAUGACCAGUAUUACGUAUGGUUCUAUGAAGGAUCACAACUACUGAACUAUUUGGGAGGAUUCGUAUUAAUAGUGCUUGUAUUCGUCGGUGUCUUAUUUCCUCUUUGGCCGCCCAUAUUACGUAAUUCAGUGUGGUACCUUUCAGUGUUCAUACUAGGUCUUUUUGGGGUGUUCAUUCUCCUUGCGGUUGUUAGACUUGUAUUGUUUAUUAUUACCAUGAUUGUUGUACCUCCUGGAAUAUGGUUGUUUCCAAACUUGUUUGAGGAUGUUGGAUUUGUUGACAGUUUUAUUCCGUUAUGGGGUUGGGAAGUACCAAAGAAGAAAGAUGAUAACAAAGAUGAUAACGAAGAUGAGGGCACAUAUGAAGACGAUGCUAGCAGUAGUAAAAAAAUUAGAGACCUUC